CAAAAUGUUCCAUCAAGAGUCUUUAUAAGUCGCGACCGCUCACCAACUCUUCAUUCUUCCACCAUGGGGCUGAAGAACUUCAUGGUGUUUGUCGCUUUGGCGACGCUCACACACGCCUUCAUCCACUUGACACCCCACGACAAAGAGGUGGUGUACACCUGGAGAGCCCUCGUCAAAGCUGGCACCGACCUACCAACCCCACACGCGUCCCAACUCCUCCUCGAGGGCAAAAUCCGCCUCCAGGCCAACCCAAACUCGACCCAUGUCCGAAUCACAGACCUCACCUACAAGCUCUACAACGGGAUUUUGGACAACGUGCGCGAGCACGAAGCCCAUAGUGUGCCAGUCCAACUGCAUGACCUGGAGCACGUCUUCAGAGUGGUCUACGACGGCAAUGGUUUGGUCAUUGGGAUCGCGACCACGAGUCAGGAGAAGGAGUUUUCACGCAAUAUCAAGAAAGCCAUUGCUACCAUUUUGCAGAUUGAUGGGUCGGUGGUGCGGAAUAUGGGACGCCACCACCAUCACCCCCAUUCUUUUGUCAUGAAAGAGCACUCGAUUUAUGGGCGGUUUGAUGUGGAUUAUACCGUCAAGAGUCACGAGAAUGGGGACGUGGAGGUUCACAAGUUGCAUGAUAUGCAUGAUUCGAGUCAUUUAUACCAACAUUUAUUUAGUAAUAAUGAAGCUGGGCAUUGCGAUGCCCAUUAUGAAAACCCCAUCAUGCAUGAUAGUCGCAAAGACUACUGGAUUGUUAAACAAGAUGGCCGCCAUAUUGUCAAACACAUUCACGCCAUUGGUGGGUUAGUUUACUACCCAUUUAAAGGCCAAUCAGACCACCAGUUUAUUUUGGUCAAUCAAACUUUCCAUCUUCAUGAUGUUGUCCCAAUCCAGGAGCAAUUUCACGUUGAAAGUGAACAUUUUGAGGACCAUUUGACGUAUCACCCAUUUGAAGAGAGACAAGAUGGCCGUUUGCAUGAUUUGACAAAUGGACGCCAUAUUGUCAAUUAUGACAAAGUUAUCCCGGAUGUUCAACACAUGUUGGAGGACAUUCACCAGUACCUCCACGAAGACCAUAUCCACACCCGGGAGCCGGACACCAAACGCGGCCAACUCAUAAAUCGAGUCCAAAGACUCCUCCAACAUUUCACCACGUCCAAACUCGAAGAACUCCACAAGAAACUCACCGGUGAAGCUGUCCGAAUCUUCCAACAUAUCCUACCCUUAGUUGGGACUCAUGCGUCAGUUCUUUACAUCAAACACUUGAUUGUUGAUAAAGUAGUCCACGAGGAUGUUGCAGUUGAACUCCUGCAACACUUCCCAGAACAUGUGGUGGAACCCCGACUUGAACUUUUGACCCAAUUAGAGGAUUUGAUUCAUUUAGACGAGAAAGUCCAUUGGGACGUGCGAAAAGCCGGACUUUUGGGCUUCGCCCACCUCGUCCACCACUCCCAUGAGUACCACAAACGAGUCCAUGGACAAGACAACGAACAACCGUACGAAAAAUACGUCCAGUUUUACGUCAUUAAGAUGAGAUCACCGGAAACAGACCAUCGUCACCAAAUGGCGUUGGCUUUUGGGCUUUCCAACAUGAAACUCCACACUACCAUCAAACUUUUGCUACCACAUGUCAAUGGUGAGUUCCAGGACAACCACCAUUUCCGCCAAUGGAGUCUCUGGGCGGUGGGUUCGGCCGUGGUGCGCGCCCAUGACCCCAACACCGUCAUCGAAACUCUUUGGCCGAUUUUCACCAAUGUUGAGGAGACCACCGAGAUGAGGUGUUUGGCAUUCUACCACUUGAUGGAAGCGAGACCUAGUGACCCCCGAAUCGCCAAUUUGUACUCCUACUUGCUCACGGAACCCAACGAAGAAGUCUACCGUUUUGCCUACUCGUAUAUGCACACUGUUAGCCACUCGCAUGACCCUUGCAAGGAAGACUUUAGGGUGAGGAUGGCCCAUGUGGUGAACUUCCUGCCACCACCCGACCAUGGCAUGUCCUCAGUCCACUUCCACGGUUACAGAGACAUCAAUUUCGGGUUCAGUGGCGGCGUCGAGGAGUAUUUUAUUAACACGAAUGAGUCGCAGAUUUAUGGGGUGGCCACCACGAGCGAACAUUUCAAUAUUCACCAUGAAGGGCACAGUUUUUAUUUGAAAAUCCACGGGUUGCAACACCGGGGAAUCCCAAUUCAUCUCUUCAUUGAUGCGUUUAGACGCAAAUCAGUGGUAAACGACGAUAUUCGCAUCGAAUUGGUGGUUUUUAGACACGGACGAGUCGUCAAUACCCACUUCUUUGAUGAGCAUAAUUUGCACGAAUUGGACUCAAUUUUGGACUUUUUCACCAAAGAUUCGAAAGCGUUGAUGAGAGAUUUGCUCUAUGUGAGUUAUGAUGAGUAUCACCGAGCGGUGAUUCCCACAGAUUUGGGCAUUCCGGCCGUUUGGGAGUAUUUAAUGCCCGUGGUGCACAAAUACAAUAUAAGUGUCACUAAAGAGACAGUCAACAAGGUGAUAAAUGUCCAUAUUGAUAAUAGACACGUUAGUUGGAUUCAUUAUCGUCAUGGUUUGACUUUCUACAAUCCCAUUGUUGAUGUUUGGCAAGGCAUUAAUAGAUUUCAUUCGUAUGAUGCCGUUUGGCCCUUGCAUUUUGACAUUUCCAUCAAUACGCAACAACAAAGUGUGCAAUUGUCGUGGAAGAGGCAUAAUAAUGCCCAAUUGGACGUCGCUGGACUUCGAAGUCAUGUCAAACAAAUGGUUUACAUCAAAGACGACCAUCACCGAAAUGUUUUAGGACAGUCCAGUCCCCAAUGUAAGGACUUUGUCGUCGUCAGUCAUGGGAAACAAUUCAGACACGAUUACACUUUGCUCCAUGACGAUGACUUGAGCACCGGCCACCAAUGGCAUGUCGCCGUUUACGACAGUGACCGUUACGUCACUAAUGGUUCCUUCCAACACCUACUCCACCUCUUCACGCAGUCACACCACCGCCACUCUGAUUCUCCCCUAAGCCAUAUUUUGACAAGUUGGGCCAAUUGGCACCAAUACGUCCUGUUAUUGCCCCGAUCUGGCACCUAUGGAUUUAUCGCACGAGUGGAACCAAGUCAUCAACAUCCAGUCACCGACAUUGACUUAUCUCUUCGCCUGCAUUCGGAACCCUCCCAUGAGGAGACUUAUCAUUACUCCCCGAGGGUCAAAUGGAGCACUCGUAUGACCUACGCGGUGAAAAACCACGAUUCGAGUCUUAAAACUUGGGACAUAAACGCGAUUCUGGACGUGAACCAUGGUCAUACGGUGAAUACUCUCAAAAUGUAUGUCACUAGGAUUGUGCCAGGGCAAAAUGACUACAAAAUUUGUGUGGAUGGGGUGAAAAAAUGGACGGAGAAGGGGGUCACAGGUCACUUGAAUGUAGCAAUGAGUCAAACACCUGAUGGUAAAUGUGUGAAGGAUGAUACUGUGAUUGAUGUUACCAUGACUGGGGAUAAGUCACGUGAGCAGCAAGAAGGACACCACAAAUAUGGUACUUGUGAGUAUAUUAGCCCAUAUUCUGUCCCCCAUUGGCACACUUUGGAGUGUUUGGUGGACCAUACGACUGUCCGACGCUACACUUACAACAUCAAAACCACGAAUGUACCAUCAGAGUUCAAGAAGGUUUUCGCCCAUUGGUGGGACCACCUCAAAGGGUACUACAUCUCGUACUACCAUUUCGAAGAUGAGCACAAUGACAACAUCGGCGACCAUAACCUCCGACUCGAUAUUGAUUACCCCAUGGAAGAAGAACAAGUCAAUGUGCACGUGACAACCCCACAACACGUGUAUAGUCUGACUGGGGUACCCACCCAUCACUGGCGAUGGGUGGGUUUGAGCCCAGAUUCGGUCGAGUACCCGAAAAUUUUCGAACAUUUGCACCAAGCCGGUUGGGUGGACCAUUGCGUGGUUCAUGUUGACCAUCACCGACUCAACCAUCACGACGUCCAUGAAACGGUACCAAACGAGUGGACUUUGUUCGUGGGAAACGCUGCCCAGAACCCACAGAAAGGGGUCUAUGUGAAACGCGUUGCCAACGAUGAAAUUGCGGUUCGAGUUGUCGACCAUGGGCAUACACUGGAGAUUGCACCACAUGGGAUAACCCAUCAGAUUAGUGUAGAUGGACGCGUAGUACCGUUCAGGAGUACCACCAUGAGGAUUGGGUUUAUUGGCACGUGUUUCAGCAAGAUUAUCAUCACUGUCGCUGUUUUGUUGCACCACAGUGGACUUCACUUGGAGUACCACCACCAUGAAGUGGUUGUGGUGGUACCAAAAGUUGACCAACAGUUGCAUGGACAUUGCUACAGCCAUCACUAAGUUGGCUUUUUACGAGAUUUUGGCUUGUAUUAUGGUAUUGUAGACUAAUAAAGCAAAGUUUUUAAAA